CUGCACGAUGAUUUAGACAAGGAUCCCGAUUAUUCCGGUUCCGGUUUUGGUCCAGAUGACGAAGACUCAUCCACCGAUUUACAGCCAUCGCAUCGCGGAAACAAUAUACACACACAAUCGGGUAAACAUAAUACAGUUUUGACCACCGACGACAACGACGAUCUCAUUUCGAGUAGAACUCAUCAUCAAACGAAUAGUGGCACAAUUAUUGGCAGUAAUAGCGGCAGCAAUUCAGGCAUCAUCGGUGGCAAUAGUGGUAGCAACACUGGCCUCAAUACAAUUGCCACCACGACGAAACAAGCGUCACCAUCCAUCACCACAAAUCAAAAUACACCCACUCUCACCCACAUCACCACCACCACAAGCUCUGCGACGGCGGGCAAAAAUCGCGGCUCAUCCCUAUACCCCAACCAAGUCCCACAAACCCAUUUACCUGCAGCUCCUCACUACCCUGCAGGUGGCUCUGCGCACACAGACGACGAAGACUUCGAUCUCGGUGAAGGUGAUGACGACGGCGCUGGCAGUGGUGAUGGUGAUGACGAUGACGAUGAUCACACGGGCGAUGUGGAUGACGGUGAUGAGCAUGAGGGUCUCAUCGAACGUCCACAUCAACCGAAAUACGAUUUCGGUGUGGGCAAAGAGCCAACCACCACGAUAGAGAAUGGGACCAGCACAAGCAGUACCACUGCAUCGUCCACCACUACCAGCACUGGCAGCGUCAGCAGCAGCGAUAGCAAUGAUCGCAAGAAGAUCUUGAGUUCGCAUGGCAACGACGACGAGCAUGAUGUAGACGCUGAUGAAGAAGAUGAAUUCGAUGACACCUACGAUGAGGACAACAAGGACGAUGACGAGGAUGAUGAGGAUGAUCGCCUGCAUGAAGAGGAUGACAAUACUGAAGUGUAUAUUGAUGGCACGGAGCCGAAUGCCAAGAGCGGCAGUGACGACCAGGACAAUGAACGUCA